UUUUUGUUUCAGACGUUUUGCGUGGUCUCCAAGAGGUUCCGCAAGAACUACAUCCACCGCUUCACGGCGACGAACUCGUUCUUCAUCUUCUCGCCGUGGAACUCGUUCCGGCGCACGUGUAUAUUCCUCUCCACGAACCAGUACUUCGACUACGUGGUGAUGGCCACCAUCUUGCUCAACUGUGUCUUCCUUGCCAUGACCGAGACCGUAGAGGAGGCCGAAUAUAUAUUCCUCGCGAUCUACACGGCGGAGAUGAUCAUCAAGUCCAUAGCGAAGGGCUUCAUCCUGAACAAAUACACGUACCUGAGGAACCCGUGGAACUGGCUCGACUUCGUGGUCAUCACGUCGGGCUACGCCACCAUCGGCAUGGAGGUGGGCAACCUGGCCGGCCUGCGGACCUUCCGCGUGCUGCGGGCGCUCAAGACCGUCUCCAUCAUGCCAGGCCUGAAGACUAUCAUCAACGCCCUCCUCCACUCGUUCAGGCAAUUGGCGGAAGUCAUGACGCUGACGAUCUUCUGCCUGAUGGUGUUUGCCCUGUUCGCGCUGCAGGUGUACAUGGGAGAGCUGAGGAACAAGUGCGUCAGCCGCAUGAACACCACCAACGUCACGCACGCCGAGUUCAAAGAGUGGAUAAGAAACGAGGACAACUGGUUGUACAACGAAGAGGACGAUCCUGUCAUAUGUGGCAACACGACUGGUGCGAGGCACUGUCCGGCAGGAUACUUCUGUGUUCAAGUCGGCGAAAACCCUAACCAUGGUUACACGAGUUUCGACAACUUCCUCUGGUCCAUGCUCACAACAUUUCAGCUCAUUACACUGGACUAUUGGGAGAAUGUAUAUAAUAUGGUACUCGCGUCCAGUGGGCCAAUCAGCGUUGUGUUUUUUACGGUAGUUGUAUUUUUCGGUUCUUUUUACUUGAUCAACCUAAUGUUGGCUGUGGUAGCGUUAAGUUACGAAGAGGAAGCGGAAAUCACUCAGGAGGAGAGGCGAAAAGACUUGACGGAUCACAGGGACGACUCGACGUUCAGCUUCGACCCAACCAAAAUCAACGUGAAGCAGCUGGAGAAGCACAAGACGAAGCGCAUCGACUCCCGCAAGGGUGUGCUGCUGGCGUCGUACGGCCGCAAGAAGACGCGCCGGAGGAAACGGGGGACGAGGUCCGGGGGCGGCGGCGGGGGCGGCGACAGCGCGCGCGGCCGCAGCAGGUCGGCCACCCCCAGCCCGCGCCGCGACCAGCGCCCGCCGCCCCCUGCCGGCCCCCAGAAGGAGGCGGCCGCCCCCCAGCUGAGCCCGCCCGUCACCAGCCCGGAGCCCGUCCGUCCCGCCGACACCCCGCGCUCCGGAAACACCCUCGGUCCUCCUCUCAGAGCUCAACUACAUGCAAGUAGACAUCCUAGCAGUAACAACAGUGAUAGUAACAAUCGAGAAUCAUCAUUAGAUGAUUCAGGGGUAGUUGAUGACCAUGAAGAGGAUGUUACAUCUGAAGAUGUUGCUCAGAUGCCAAAUGUUACACAACGAGCCGAACCGGUGACAAUUUCUUUGAGCCCAAAAGAAGUUAGAGUGAUAAAAUGUAAUGGUGUCAGCCCAGGCCAUGGCCCAAGGAAUCACCUGUAUACACUUCCGCCAGAUUACCUCUCACACAUCGUGGUUCUUGAUGACCUGCCUGACAGAAACUGUGAUAAGUGCACUCAGUGUUGUAUAGACUAUGAUGGGUGGCUGCGCUUCCAGAGUGGACUGUACAAAGUAGUACGGGAUCCACUGUUUGAGCUUCUCAUUACUCUGUGCAUCGUUCUGAACACCAUGUUCCUCGCUAUGGAACAUCAUGGUAUGAGUGAGUCUGUUCGACAGGCCCUGGACAUAGGCAAUAAAGUCUUCACUUCAAUUUUUACGUUGGAAUGCUUCCUUAAACUGCUAGCACUUAGCAAGGAAUUUUUUGCUUGUGGAUGGAAUAUUUUUGAUCUUAUCAUCGUCACAGCAAGUUUACUGGAUCUUGCUUUUGAGCUGGUAGAUGGACUGUCGGUCUUGAGAGGUCUGAGGCUGUUACGGGUACUAAAACUUGCACAGUCAUGGACAACUAUGAAGGUGCUACUGAGCAUUAUUAUAUCAACCAUUGGUGCUCUAGGAAACUUAACAUUUGUGUUAGUGAUUGUAAUAUACAUUUUUGCUGUUAUUGGUAUGCAACUUUUUGCCAAAGACUAUACAAAGGAGAGAUUUCAUCCAGAUCCUGUGCCAAGAUGGAACUUCACAGAUUUCUUCCAUUCUUUUAUGAUGAUAUUUAGAAUUUUAUGUGGAGAAUGGAUUGAGCCACUGUGGGACUGCAUGAGAGCAGAGAGUGAGGAGGGACCUGAAACUUGCUUUGCAAUUUUUCUUCCAGCACUUGUUAUGGGCAAUUUUAUGGUGCUGAACCUCUUCUUGGCUUUGUUGCUCAAUAGUUUUAAUUCAGAGGAGCUAAAAUCAAAGAAAGAGUUUCUACAUUUGAUAGUUAGUGAGGAGAUUGGAGAAGAGUCAAAACUGGUGAGAAGUUUUGAACGCAUUAGAUCUAUUGUAAGGAAGAAAAGACAGGCACGAGAAAAGACUGACAAUGAACAAAACAUGCGACUGGAGCAAAUGGUACGAGAAGUUAUGACAAGGCAUGCAGCUGAAAAAAGAAAUCCAUCCAGUGUUCGUGAAACGAUUAUAAGCAUUCCAGAAAAGAAGCAACCUCUAACAACUGAAUGUUCAGCAAGCCUGCCUUCAGAUGUCAGUGAUUCAAGAACGUCCAAAGAUGCAGAAAAUCAGGAGAAAAGUGUCAUCACUAAAGAAAUUAAAAAUUCUCCAUGUAUCACUAAUAGACACUCUGUAAACAUUCCUGCUAUCUCUCCAAAGCCAACAACUGAGAAAUAUCAUUCAAUGAGCAUGCAAGAUUCUUUAAACAAACAUGCAGAAGAGAAGCGAUAUUCACUAGUACUUCAGAAAGCUGUUGACCUUGAAGACACAGAGAUUGAGGACCUGAUCAACAACUCUGAAUCCAGGCUGCAGCAUCAAGAGACAGCAGUGCUGGAGACAGUCCAAGAGGCAUCUGAUACUCCAAAACACACUGUCCACAAACAGCUCUCUCUUGCAACUAACCAAACAAGUAGCAAAGAUGAGUCAAAUGCAGAGGAGAGCAUAGAGCUAGAAGUUCUUAAUAAAGGUCCAGGAGAAUUAGAGACAAUGUUGCCAACAGCUGGAGAGAAAGGUGAUGAUAAAACUGCCUCACACCCUUGGCAUGCUCUAGUUUCUUAUGUAGAUGAACUUACAGUUGGUGGGAGGCGAGAUUCUCAGGGGCGCUACAUUGAUGGCAUGGGCAGCUUUCCGGGGUUCGGCCGAAACAAGAUCAUGAAGGUUCCACAAGAAUGCUUCCCUCAACAUUGCUAUCAACGGUGUGCGUGCUGUGAUCAGUGUCUUGAAACAAAAAUUGGCAAGAAGUGGAUGGAAAUUCGUACACAGGUUCUUUCAGUUGUGGAUACACCAAUGUUUGAGUGGUUUAUUUUAGUGCUUAUUUUUGCAUCAAGUAUAACAUUGUGCUUUGAGGACAUUUACCUCGAUGAGAAUGUAAUGCUACAAAAAAUUCUUUAUUGGACAAAUUUAGGAUUUUGUGCUUUGUUUAGUGUAGAAAUGAUGCUCAAAUGGAUUGCACUUGGAUUCUGGAAAUACUUCACAAGUUUCUGGACAAUUCUUGAUUUUAUUAUUGUUUUUGUAUCAAUAUUUAGUUUACUAAUAGAGGAAAAUGAAAAUCUGAAAGUUCUGCGGUCUUUGAGAACUCUUCGUGCCUUGAGACCUCUGAGGGCAAUUUCAAGAUGGCAGGGAAUGAGGAUUGUCGUGAAUGCACUCAUGUAUGCCAUUCCUUCCAUUUUCAAUGUACUUCUUGUGUGUCUUGUCUUCUGGCUUAUAUUUUCAAUCAUGGGUGUGCAGUUUUUUGGGGGCAAAUUCUUCAAAUGCCUUGAUGAGAAAGGAGAUCUUCUUCCUGUGGAGGAGGUGAAUGAUAUGCAAACUUGUUUAUACAAGAAUUACACAUGGGUUAAUUCUAAAAUAACUUUUGAUAAUGUUGGGAAUGCCUAUCUUGCACUAUUUCAAGUGGCAACUUUUGAAGGAUGGAUGGAGGUAAUGGCUGAUGCUGUUGAUGCAAGAGGUGUUGAUCUUCAGCCACAGAGAGAAGCUAACUUAUAUGCAUAUCUUUAUUUUGUAAUUUUCAUAGUCUGUGGAUCAUUCUUCACACUUAAUCUCUUCAUUGGAGUCAUAAUAGACAAUUUCAACAUGCUCAAGAAAAAGUAUGAAGGUGGUGUUCUUGAAAUGUUUCUCACUGAAAGUCAGAAGCACUACUAUACAGCCAUGAAAAAAUUAGGCAGGAAGAAACCACAGAAGGUGAUUAAGCGACCAAUGAAUCAGUUCCUAGCGAUGUUCUAUGACCUGUCAAAUUCUAGAAGGUUUGAAAUAGCGAUAUUUGUUCUAAUUUUUUUAAACAUGCUAACAAUGGGUAUUGAGCAUUACAAUCAGCCACACGCUAUAUUUUUUGUACUAGAAGUUAGUAACGCCUUUUUCACUACUGUUUUUGGACUUGAAGCAAUUGUGAAAAUAAUAGGUCUGCGCUACCAUUACUUCACCGUUCCAUGGAAUCUGUUUGAUUUUUUACUUGUAGUAGCAUCUAUUCUUGGCAUUCUCAUGGAGGAUAUCAUGAUUGAUUUUCCUGUUUCACCAACACUAUUAAGAGUUGUAAGGGUUUUUCGUAUUGGCAGGAUACUUAGGCUCAUCAAGGCAGCUAAAGGAAUACGGAAACUACUGUUUGCAUUAGUGGUUUCACUGCCAGCUCUCUUCAACAUAGGAGCUCUCUUGGCAUUGAUUACAUUUAUUUAUGCUAUUAUUGGUAUGUCUGUGUUUGGACAUGUUAAACAGACUGGUGCCUUAGAUGAUAUGGUUAAUUUUGAAACUUUUGGGAGAAGCAUGCAGCUCCUUUUCAGGUUAAUGACUUCAGCUGGUUGGAAUGAUGUUCUCGAAUCCUUGAUGAUUCAGCCACCAGAUUGUGAUAUAAACUUUAACAAUCAACCAAAUGGAAACUGUGGCUCUCCACUUCUUGCAAUAACAUACUUUACAAGCUUUAUUAUUAUUAGUUAUAUGAUUGUUAUUAACAUGUACAUUGCUAUUAUUCUGGAAAACUUCAACCAAGCUCAUCAAGAGGAGGAAAUUGGAAUUGUUGAAGAUGACCUAGAGAUGUUUUAUAUACGCUGGUCAAAGUAUGAUCCACAUGCAACACAGUUCAUUCGUUUUUCACAACUUUCAGACUUCAUUGCAAGUCUUGACCCACCACUGGGUAUACCUAAACCAAAUAUUGUGGCACUUGUCAGCUUUAAUCUUCCAAUCGCUCGAGGCAACAAGAUUCAUUGUUUAGAUAUUUUGCAUGCCUUAGUUAAAUAUGUUCUUGGACAUGUAGAAGAAACUGAAGAGUUUAAAAAGUUGCAAGAUCAGAUGGACAUAAAAUUCAAGAAACAGUUCCCCACAAGAAAGGAACUGGAGAUUGUGUCUUCUACGAGGAUAUGGAAACGACAGGAUAAAGCAGCCAGGACAAUCCAGAGGGCCUUUAGGGAAUAUGUAAGGUUAAAACGUGAGAGGGAGAGAGAACCCCUUGAUUUGGAGGACGAGAUGACUCAGACAUCAAGCCCCGGUGGCUGGCAGAGUCGCCUUUCAGCGUUCCUUCACGUUCACCGUGGAAGUCGUGCAUCGUCCAGAAAGUCCUCUCGAGCUUCUGAUGCCAGUGACUUAUCAGAGCUUGGAGGAGCAUGGCUCAAUCUCCCACUAUUAUUUUUAUCAAGUGCACAUCAAGUAGUGGCUGGUGGUGCUAGUGGAGUAUCAGCUGAUGAAUUAGCAGAAGCUGCAAAUGGGAAUGGUAAUGUAUGUAUAAUGGUUAGUGAACCUUCUCCUGAGACAGGACCAGUUGGUAUAGACACAACUACUGUCAGCGUGCCAGACACACAGUGUGCAAGUACUACAGUGGGCAAAAAGCCAAGUUCACAGGAAGACAGUGAUAGCACAAUCGCAGUGACCAGUUCCUUACCAGAAAGUGUUGUGUCUCCAGUGGAAACAAGGUUCACUGAAAUGAGGCCAAGUGACACCAAUGGUUGUGUUACAACCUCCUUCCCUGUGACUGAAAAAAAUAGUAACCAACGAGACAUGGAGUGCCAUAGAGACUCUGUCUUCUUUGAGAGAGGUUCUAUGUCAGACAUUGCAAACAUUCCUAAAGACAGGCAUCCACUAGGCCUUUUGCCAAGUGGUAAUGUCCUGUCUCUGUGUCCUUCAGAAGUGAAUGGUACUAAAGACUGUAGCUCAACAGCAAGGCCACUAUCUGACACUUCUGUAGAUCCGUUAGAGAAACACCCAACGAAACUCACAUCAGGAGGCUUGUCACUGCCACCGUGCAAACCAUCAAUAGCUGUUGACGAUCCUCUACCCAUUCCUCCUCCAAUAGAGAGGCGUCCUCUAAGAGGACGCUAUGUAGGUGAUGCUACAGUUGUUCAUGUUCUGGUUCACAGAGAAUCAGAAGAAGCCUCCGAAGAUAAGGGCAGCUGAUGAAUUCUUCAUUAAUGUGCUUCACUUUUGGUGUCCUUUCUGUGAAAAGAAGGAUGAACAAAAGGUUGCUUUAAGAAGGUAAACCCCGGCAGAUGUUAUGGGUCAUUCCAAAUGGUGGUGUAGCCUAUCUCCUAUACUGGUAAUUUCACACAUAUAAUAAUACUAGCCAUAGGUCCAUCAGAACAUGUAUUUGUUUUCUAUAUGUGUGGAAGGGGGAUUGGUUAUGAAGUUCCACUUGAAGGAAAUGAGGUUUUGUGUUACCAGCAUGCUGGUAUAAACAGAGCUAGUUGUUGCAAUUAAAAAUUAUAUCUAGAAAAUCACAUCUGUAAAUGAGGACCAAGGUAGAAAUAAAAGAUAGAGAAUCAGACAGGUUACUAAGUCUACCUGUUAUGGUUAAUUUCCACAAGAAGUGAGUUGCAAAAAGUUGUUAUUUCUCUCUAUGAGACUUAUGAUUCCAUUAUAAUGGAAGAAUAGGUUAUAUGCAACUGAGAAGUUCCAGUGUGGAUAGGGGCCUUCAAAUAAAUACAUUUUGUACGUGGUAGUUUAGCGGUUGUAGAUAAAGUUUUGUAUCAUGAAAAACGAAGUUGGAAAGAGC